AUGUUAAUGAAUUUAAGAAAGAAUUGCAAUAAAAAAGGUUUGAUUCUGUACUUCUUCUUACGUAUAUCAUUUCGUUUUAGUGUGAACAUUCGAAAUUACUCAAUAUUCAAAAAUAUAUUGGACGAAACGUCCACGAAAUUUCCGCAGAGAUCCUUAUUCAACAGAGUGCACCCAUUUAGCAAAAGAGAACGAACAACGUAUAGUCCUUCUUGGUAA